GGAAGCAAAAAUUAUCUCGCUAGAGAAAGAAAGAGAAACGCAGAAAAGAAAUACAGAAACAAAGCCUCUCGUUUAUAAAAAUCGUAAACGUGAAGCACGAAUAGAUUCACGGUUCGGUAAUCUCAUCUUUCAGAUGCUGGCUGACCCAGCUCUCUUUUCAGAACUAGUGUGCUGCAAUACGAAUUGAUCGUAUGGAAGAGAACAAUUGAAUAAGGUAGCCUACCAAUAGCGAGUCCGACGGUUGUUGCAAAACCUUUCUACAAUUUUCCGGAUUACUCAACAUUUAAUAUACCAACGGACAUUGUGUGGAGAUCCAUUGGGCACUUUAUGUAGCCCAACAUUAGGCCUUACCGCUGUUCGAUCGUCGCGAUUAGUCGCCUGUGUCGCGAGGAGCUUGAAAGAGGCCAUACUAAUGCAAAACCAAUGAGUGGACUUUAACUGCACUGCACAACCGAAAGGAAUUGGAACAUUAGACCUCCUGAAAUGGGAUUUCUAUGAUGGACAGCCAAGUAAAUCCAUCAUUAAUUUAUCCACUCCCGAACCUCUACAUCCACCUAAUGAGAAAUCAAUAAGUCCAUAUUUUGCAACAGCAAGAGAAAGAAAGGGGGUAGAGAGAGCUGCAGGAAAGGAGGAAGAGACAAAACAAGGAGAGGCGCUGGACAAUCGGGGAAACAAAGGAAACAGGAAUCAAUCGAUCAGGGCCAAAGCAUGGAUGUUGACAUGGGGCAUUUCCAAGAUGGUGGACGGACAGGACUUCACAUAAAGGACCUAUCUUCUGCCACCCUCCUCAGGUCUGCUGUGCAUGGGUCCAUUAUGGCUACGGGGGUAUCUGAGCGUAGAUCUGCAGGCUACGGAGGAGACUCAACAGCUGAGGAUUGUGGAACCACAUACACAACCCUGACGCCCCUCCAGCCCAUGAGCAGGAACGCCUUCCACCCAGACCGGCGACAGCAGCAGGACUUCCCAGCUCAGCACCACCACCAGCCCAGCCUGCCCCUAGGUAAUGUGAUGGGAAGCUUCAUGCUGCUGCGUGAAGACGGAGGACUGGAUGGCGGACCCUUCUUCAGCUCCUACAGCACCAAGGAGCCAGGGUCGUCACCCAGUCUCUUUCCGGCUUCUAUUGGUCCAUGUUUUACAGACGGAUACAUUGGCCCCGGCGGUUGCCAGAGUGCUCACGGCCGAAGUGGCGGUUCCCUCUACGGCAGCAGCCCCCCUAGUGGCCACGGCGGCUGUAGCGCACCGCUCGGCGGGUACGACAGCAUGCAGACGGACAGCGAGGAGGGCAAUAACGCGCUCUACCGGAGCGACUUUAGCGGAGAGAUGUCGCCGCCUGUCCCACGGGCCUGCAGGGCCGGUGACUUCCAGCUCGCCAAAACGCCAGCGUUGUCGCAGCACCCUCACGCCGCCCACCCCUCCAUGUCCUCCAUGCCCGCGUUCAGUCUUCCCUAUCAGCACCACCCUCAGCCCUACCUGCAAUCCCGACCCGGCUGCUCCCCGGCCUCUCCACCGGGCCAGCAGGGAAGCGACGGCGGCGAGGAGGUCAACACACGGGAGGUGGCCCAGAGGGUGAUGGGGGAGCUGAAGCGCUACAGCAUCCCCCAGUCGGUCUUUGCGGAGCGGGUGCUGUGCCGAUCCCAGGGCACGCUGUCUGACCUCUUGAGGAACCCCAAGCCCUGGGGCAAGCUGAAGUCGGGCCGAGACACCUUCAAGAGGAUGUCCCAGUGGCUGCAGGAGCCCGAGUACCAGAGGAUGGCUUCGUUGAGGCUUGAAGCCUGCAAAAGGAAAGGGCACGAGGAAAGGCGGUUGGAGAGGAACCAGGGACCCAAGCGCACGCGGCUGGUGUUCACGGACUUGCAGCGGCGCACCCUGUUGGCCAUCUUUCGGGAGAACCGGCGUCCACCCAAGGACCUGCAGGUGUCCAUCUCAAAGCAGCUGGGUCUGGAGCUGACCACGGUCAGCAACUUCUUCAUGAACGCUAGGCGACGGAACCUGGACAGAUGGGGGGACGAGAGCCACGCGCGCCCCUCCUCGACGGGCUCCACCAUAUCAUGCAGCACGGCGUGAUGGAGGACCCGGAAGUGAGACGGAGCAGUGGAAGGGAUCGACGGUGAAAAUGAUAGGGCCCCAAGCCAAGCGGGCUUGAGGCGGAGCUAGUAUGAUACCAGCCCUAGGCUGGGCGGAGUUGAGAGAUAACCCCCUACACCCGCUAGACGGGGUGGAGCUAGAAUGAUACGUAACCCUAGGAAGGAGGAGCGGAGUGCGACUAGUGGGUCGUAGGUACAAUGCAAUCCUCCGAUUUGAGUGGCGU